AUGGAACCACCGGCCUAUUCCAUCAGUACGAGUGUCCUGUGGAAAGGGAAGGAGGUAUGGGCCCGUUCUACUACCUCCAAACGAUUCGAUUUCCACGAGUUUAAUUCGAUCGCUAUUCAAGAGGUUGAACAGAAGGCGAAAAAGAAAGGCUAUAGGGUGAUCCUCAAGAGCGCCAUUGCCACGCUCUCGUCCUCAGGAAACAUCAAGGCUAUGAAUAGUCAAUGCGGCGACAUUGCUGAGUGGGAGGAUACCGAUAACCUAGCGAGACAAUGGCUAGUUGAGGAAAAGAGAAAGGGGGUUACUGUAAGGAUUGUACAUACCUAUGGUCCCAAAGAAGACUCCUCUGAAUCGGAAUCCUCCACUGCGGAAGAGCCUCCCUCGAAGAAGCAAAAGAAGACUAGUGGGACUACCGACGAUGACUCUUCUUCAGAUGACUCCGCUGCUACAUCGGACGGUUCUAAAUCAUCCGAAUCCAACAAGAAGAAGAAACAGAAGAAGAAGACCAAGACGCCUAGGCCUGGUAGCGCUACUGCCAAGCAAAUACUGCAUGCAAAGAAGGCGAAGAAAUUGGAAAGAAAGCUUGGAUCCGAAGGCCAUAAGAUUAUGAAGCUGUGGCUAUGUUCAAAGCCCGGCUGUCGAGGAAGGACGCAUUACUGCUGGCAACCAGACGGUCCCGACGGUACUCAUUACCUGCUCGACGGCGAUCAAAUCACCAAAUGGAACAAGGCUAUAGCGAAGCAGGAACGUGGUGUUGAUGCCGAAAACCCGCCUAUACGGAUGCAGGAGCGAAUGAAGUCUCGAUGGGAUCGGGCUAUGAAGGCAAAGGCCAUUGAUAAAGAGAUCAAGUCGGCUAAGAAGGAAGUCCACACGGUUGUUGACCCUCCUGUUCCCACUCCUGCUGCUACUCCAGCACCAAUUAGUAUAUCACUUAGUGGAUUAGGUGCCUCACCCUCGCCGGCGUAA